AUGUGCCCACUGCCAAAAUGAAAUGUUUUCCUCUUCUUUAUUCAUACUCUAAGAACCCUUUGUGGUAUCCUCCUCGUAGCAUAACAUAUUUCUAGGUUGCAGAAUGAUAACCUCAAGGUACUAAGUGACCUGAUUUUCUUUCAAUCUGCUGUUUCCACUGACUUCAGUGGAAUUUGUGCAUACUUGGUGACCUGCAUUUCAAAAGUACUGUCCUUAGGUGGCUAAACUGAUCGAAGAAACUGUUCCUGUAGAGCUCUGUUGUCUUCUCAAACAAUAAAACAAAACAGAGCAUUGGUCUGCUAACCUUUACAACAUUUUCAAACGUUGCUGUGAAUGAAGAUGGUAUUGUCUUUGCCACUGAACUGUUUCACAGAUACAUACAAACGUACCAGAGCUUGUUAUACAGCUUCUUCUGUUCGCUGUGUCUUUGUGGGUCAUUCAAAAUAGUUUUGAGUCAUUUUGUUACUUUUGUUCUUAAAAAAUCAUUUUAUCUAAAGCUAUAUUAGGCCGGGAGCGAGGGGAAGUUUCUUACGCUAGAGUUAACUAGUAUUUAUGAAAUGCCCUUCUGUUUAGUUCCAAAUUUUAGGCUGUUGCAGAUGAUUAGCGAUUCACACUAGAGCAGUUGUUAAAGUUUAGUUCAAUGAGUGCUCGAAGCACAUUAAGACAUUGAUGUUUUGAAUUAAGUUAUAAAAACUGUCAUUCUAAAGCAGUCCUCAAAUAAUACCAAAAUGUUAUGAGUCCUUCAUAUAACAUUACCAUUGAGGUGGAAAUUUUUCAUUAGUAAGGACUAUCAUGCUAGAACAGGUUUUCUCUCUGUCUCAUUUUCUCUGUUUGCUAAAUUCAGUUCUUCUUUUUGCUCUGCUGAUUCAUAUCCUGCCAUCUUCCUCUUGGAAUUAACGAAGAAGCUGUGAGGAUUUAAAUUGCAGUUAGCAAAAUGUCCAAAUGGUGAGAAGUUGUUGCAGAAUUAGGCGUUACGUAUUGUGCAUCUAAAAAGCAGCACCAGCUCAGUAACCGUGCCAGAAACACUGCUGUUUGUUUCAACUCUUGACGGAAGUUUGCAUGCUGUCAGCAAGAGGACGGGUGCAAUCAAGUGGACUUUAAAAGAAGAUCCUGUACUCCAGGUGCCAAUACAUGUGGAAGAGCCAGCAUUUCUUCCAGACCCAAAUGAUGGCAGUUUGUAUACGCUCGGUGGCAAGAAUAAUGAAGGCUUGACUAAACUUCCAUUUACUAUCCCGGAGCUGGUGCAGGCAUCUCCCUGUCGCAGUUCAGAUGGUAUCUUGUACAUGGGUAAAAAACAGGAUAUUUGGUACGUGAUCGACCUCAUGACUGGGGAGAAACAGCAAACCUUGACUUCUUCAUUUGCAGAAAGCCUUUGCCCAUCAGCAUCCCUCCUGUAUCUUGGGAGAACAGAGUACACGAUCACAAUGUAUGACACUAAGAAGAAGGAGCUGCGGUGGAAUGCCACCUAUUUUGAUUAUGCAGCUACUCUGCCCGAUGAAGACGUAAAAUACAAAAUGUCUCACUUUGUGUCCAACGGAGAUGGGCUGGUGGUGACCGUAGACAGUGAGUCUGGGGACGUACUGUGGAUUCAGAAUUAUGCUUCUCCUGUGGUAGCUUUUUACAUCUGGCAACGUGAAGGAUUACGGAAAGUAAUGCACACAAACGUGGGGAUAGAAACUCUGCGCUACUUGACGUUCAUGUCUGGGGAGGUUGGACACAUUACCAAGUGGAAAUACCCUUUCCCAAAGGAAAAGGAGACCAAGAGCAAAUUGACACCAACUCUAUAUGUAGGAAAAUAUUCCACAAGUUUGUACGCGUCACCGUCAAUGGUGCAUGAAGGAGUAACUGUUGUGCCCCGCGGCAGUGCCAUACCCUUACUAGAGGGUCCGAAAACAGAAGGAGUCACAAUUGAAGACAAUGGCGAGUGUGUUAUCACCCCCAGUACGGAUUUAAAGGUUUCAGGCAGACUGAAAGAAAAGAACAAACUCAACUAUUGGAACGACUGGCUUUUAAUAGGGCACCAUGAGACACCAUUAUCUGCCCCUACAAAGAUCCUGGAGAAAUUCCCAAGCAACUUACCUAAAAGGCCUGAAAAUGUGAUCCCAGUUGACUCUGACAAGACCACUAUUGAAGAGGUUAUUGACAUAGUUGAAGGUUCCUCAACGGAAGUGCCUCCGGCUGUUCCAAAGGAUAUUGAGGAGAAACCUGCUUGGCCUAUCCCUCGGCCAGAAGCUCCUGUAGACUCUAUGUUGAAAGACAUGGCCACAAUCAUUCUCAGUACUUUCCUGCUUGUGGGCUGGGUGGCUUUUAUCAUCACGUAUCCAAUGAGUGUACAUCAGCAGCAACAGAGGCAGCAUCAGCUGGAGGAGAAGAUACAGCUCUUGCAGCAACAACAGCUGCCCUUCAGUGCCCCCAGUGAUCUAUCGCCAGAAGCAGAUUUCUUGGACACCUCCUGUGUACGGACAGAGAGCUCAGCUACCAGCACACCAAAUCUGUCCCCCAGAGCAUCAAACCAUUCUGCGUAUUCCAGCGUUUCCACAUCUGAUGUUGGGAGCUGUCUUUCCACUGAGCAAGAAGAGGGAGGUGAAGAUACAAACAGAGUGAUGGUUGGCAAGAUAUCGUUUAACCCAAAAGAUGUAUUGGGACAUGGAGCUGAAGGAACAAUUGUUUACAGGGGGACGUUUGACAACCGAGCUGUUGCAGUAAAAAGAAUUCUCCCUGAGUGCUUCAGUUUUGCAGACCGUGAAGUGCAGCUGCUACGAGAGUCAGAUGAGCAUCCUAACGUGAUCCGCUAUUUCUGCACGGAGAAGGACCGGCAGUUUCAGUACAUAGCCAUUGAGCUGUGUGCUGCCACGUUACAGGAGUAUGUUGAGCAGAAGGCCUUCAGUCACCAUGGCUUACAACCCAUCACCCUCCUGCAACAGACAACAUCUGGUCUUGCUUACCUGCACUCCCUCAGUAUUGUCCACAGGGACCUGAAGCCCCAUAACAUCCUCAUCUCGAUGCCAAACGCCCAUGGGAAAGUCAAAGCUAUGAUUUCAGACUUUGGCCUGUGCAAGAAGCUGGCAGUGGGCAGGCACAGCUUCAGCCGUCGGUCAGGCGUGCCAGGCACUGAAGGGUGGAUUGCCCCAGAGAUGCUGAGUGAAGACUGCAAAGAGAACCCUACGUAUACUGUGGACAUCUUUUCAGCUGGCUGCGUCUUUUAUUAUGUGGUAUCUGAAGGCAGCCAUCCCUUUGGCAAAUCUCUACAACGGCAAGCCAACAUUCUGCUUGGUGCAUACAGCCUGGAUGCUUUCAAUGCAGAGAGACAUGAAGACAUAGUUGCUCGUGAUUUAAUAGAGCAAAUGCUAAACAUGGACCCUCAGAAACGUCCGUCUGCCAGCUGCGUGCUAAAACACCCAUUCUUUUGGAGUUUAGAAAAACAGCUCCAAUUUUUUCAGGAUGUUAGUGACCGUAUAGAGAAAGAAUCAUUAGAUGGUCCAAUUGUCAAGCAAUUAGAAAGAGGAGGAAGAGAUGUGGUGAAAAUGGACUGGAGAGAGCACAUCACUGUUCCUCUUCAGACAGAUCUUCGAAAGUUCAGAUCAUAUAAAGGAGGCUCAGUACGAGAUCUUCUGAGAGCAAUGAGAAAUAAGAAGCAUCAUUACAGAGAACUGCCUCCUGAAGUGCAGGAGACCCUGGGCUCCAUCCCAGAGGAUUUUGUAUGUUACUUUACAGUUCGUUUCCCUCACCUGCUCCUGCAUACCUACAAAGCUAUGCAAAUAUGCUGCCAAGAAAGACUGUUUCAGCAUUACUAUAAUCAGGACUCUGCAGAGACGAGUCUUGCAGGAGACAACAUUUGAGAAAAGGGGGAUGAAGCGUCCCUCUUGGACUGACAUUCCAAGCACAGGGCUGUGAAACAGGCCUACCUUUAGCAGGGAGACGUGGGAUCAUCGAAGAGCUGAAUUCUCUUUGAGGAAACCAAGCUUCCAAAAAAGUGCCUUGUACUCUGCACUGGAUCAGGCUCUGGUAGGAGCCCAAGGAGCAAGUGGCAACUUCAGAAAAGCAAUGAACCCUAGAGAUGGAGUUAUCCCAAGGCAGUUUUUAAGACAGUGAAAAACGGAGUGCAAAAGCUGGAUAUAACCAUCAUUCAGUAUCCCUAUACUGUAGUUGCUUUUAUAACUCACUCAUGUAUUUUACUGCACAGAAUCAAAAUACAGUGAUUGAAGUCAUAUAAUUAUUAGGGACCGGGAUCUGCAAAAAAGAAGCCUUUUGGUUGUAGCAAAUCAGACCCUGCCAUUGCACUACUGCCUGCCACAGUCUGCAUUAGGCACACUGCAGUGAUUGUAAAGGGAAUCAUUUUUAAGUAUCAAAAACUAGUAAGGAGAACAUAAUUUCUUUUUAAUCACAACUACCCUGGAAAAUUAGUCCCUCAUACUUGAGCAGAUACAAUGAAGGUCUUAAAAAAAAAAAUAUGGACUAGAAAAAUCAAAUCAGUUAAAAGCUUUACUUUUAAAAUAAGGCUUAUUGACUCGUGUUCACAGAAGCGCUUGAACAGUACUUGAAUUAGAUCACAGACUGGAUCUACAGAAGAAACUUUUUAUACAUUGAUGUCAGCUAUUAGCUGCUUGUGAGAGGCUAAUGAUUUAUCUACUGCAAGUGUUCCUUACUUUCUACUAAAGAAGGGUUAUCAGUUGCACAUCUAAAGGUAAGGUGAGUCAUGGGAAAGAGAAACUAAAUAACAGAAAAUAAUGAAAGAUGUACAGAGCAGUAACAUUAUAGGCAGUGUUUUUAACAGGUGAGCUAAAGCUGUAAAGAACCUCAUUUUCUGUUUUGUAUGGGUUGAUAAUUAUGUCCAAGGGAAGCUUAUGUUUUUAAAGAUGCAGUAUUUCUUUUCAUUGGCCCUAAAGCUGUGACAAAGCAUUAAGAGUGUGUGAGGCAUUAAAAAAAUGCUGAAUUCUAAUAUGAUACAAGUGGGAGGUGUUCUUUUAAAAUAUAUUUAUUUAACAUAUUUAUAUUUAUUUAAUUUUUAACUACAAAGUAUUAUUAAAUCCACAUGGUACAAGUAUAAAGCAUGGCAAACGUUUCUGAAUCACUUUUGUGUUUGUAUUUAAUCAUAUUAUAACAAACAACUGGAAAAGUGAUACUGCAUCUUUCAAUGGAACACAUUUGUCUACGCCAGUUAACGGGGAGAUUACAAAGUGGGGAGAGUUACGCUGUCUGAUUGUGCCAUUGUGUCUUAAACUAGUAAAUUAUUGACAGUUAUAUGUAUGAUUGGGUACAUACGGCCACUUUUCUGGAGCUACUUUACUGGAUGUUUUUCCUAGUUUUACAAUGUAUGAGAGCAAAUAUUUACAUAAGAUGCCAAACUGUGCAAGUUACAUGUUUCUAAAGCUUGGGGGGGGGGGGGGGGAGAGAAAGGGUAGUUUUACCUAAAAAAAAAGAAAAAAGAUUCAAAGCCUAUUUCAUAUUUUUAUACUUCUCAUGUAAAGUUCUUUUAUAAUUCUACUAAAUAAAGACUUGUACUCAAGUAACACAGACUUAGACUCCAGGUCUACUUUAAGUGAAUAUGUGUGCCUGAGGAAAUGAGCCUGACUGCCUUCAUGCCUGGAAUAACAUUCCUUUUCCAGUCCUGGUUCCAGAAGCUAAGUGGCAGAGGCUGAAGUUGGGCCUCCUGUCUUCCUGCUAUUGAAAGGUAGUCUGUACUAGUAAAGCAACAGUGCGGUGUGGGUGUUUGCUGGCCCGCAACUGACAGCCAAGCAGCGAGGAGAAAGCCAACUCGGAGCUCAUGCAGCACUUCUCUCACUUGCUGCGGAGGGAGGGAGGCAGAGCAGUAAAGCAAACACAGAGCCUUGCUGGAGACCCUGGAGCCUCACUUUGUUAGCCUUAACACAGUUCCUACUUCUUGGUGGCUGAGGCUAGGUGAACAGGCACGACAAACAGGGCUUCAGUCAUUGCACACGGCAAAAAAAUUUUACUGUUUGUGCCGCACUGACCUACUGUACUAGAGAACAGCAGGGCGACUUCCCAGAUCUCUUGAACACACUUGUUACUGAGCGUAUCACUGCUGUGCCAGCCAGCCAAGCCUCAAAAAAAUUCCCAGCACAUCACAUCACCUGGUGAACACAAAAUGACAGUGGCUAUUGCAGACAACUGGCAAAUACCUGGAGUUCGUGCCCUUCCCUUGGUGCAAUGACGUGUAAAGGAAAGAAGAGGCGCUUUCCUGUAAGUAAAAAUUUCAUGUGAAAGUCAAUCAACAAAUAACCAGGUGGUUUUCAGGAAGAAUCCAGGCAUGAAUCUUAGCUUUAUCUGCAGGAACCUGGCUGGCUCUGCAUUAUGACUCACCUGGCAACUACCAGUGCAACAGUUGUGCCCCACAACGAUAACAGCCCCUGCUGGUUUGCCACCCUGGCAAGCUCUUUUCGUCAAUAUUUACUUUGGUGAGCUGGCCUGGAAUCAGUAAGUAGCAAAUAGGGCAGGCAACAAAGUGAGGAAACUUUGCCUAGUAAAAAUAAAUAAAAAGUCUGUGCUGUCUGAGCAGGGUCAGGGUGCACAGCGGUGCUGGAGCAGACGGGCCAGCCCAGGACCUGCCACAGCCCAAGGGGAGGCUGGCACAGGACUGCAGCAGCAUCCCCCUCAGCUGCCCUACAGCCCUAGGUACGAUCCCUACCGCCCCCAGCGCCACUCGGCAUCUUGCACAGGAGCCAGCUGGGCUCAGCCACGGGCUGCUUUGCCCCCACGUCCUGGGGACUGGGGCAGCGCUGCUCAUCGCAGCCCCACAGGGGUUGUUGCAUGAGGUGGAGGGUGUCCGCUGGCUUUCAAAGCGAGCGCUAGCCUAACUCCAGGCUUCAGCAUUGCUGAGAAGGGGAUGGAGGGCUGGAGGCACACCGAGAAUUUUUGUCAAAAGCACUUUCAUUUUUUCGUUAGCAGAAAUGAUUUUGGACCCUGUUUUAAAAAAAGGGGGGGGCAGAAACACAGCAACUAUUUCCUAUGAGAACAAACACGUAGAAAAUAGUGAUCCUUUUCUUCCAAACUUGGACUAGGAUUUUAAAUUAAUCUCUGGACUUAUCUUGAAAAAACAAGAUAACUUGUGCUCUGUAAUUUUAAGUCCCUCCCCACCCCUUUAAAGUGGCAAGCAAAGAAAAAAGCUACAAUAUACACACGACAGUGGCUGAUUAGCACACGCCACUCACAGUGACACACCGCAUGUAUAGACCAUACAUAUCCUGCUCAGCUACAGGAGACGAUCCAGUACAGAAGCAUGGAGUGGAAGUAAGCAACUUUUAAGACACUUUGCAUGCAUCAGUGGUGAUUUUAAAACCAAAACAAUCCCCCCACCUGGUCUCUUACUUCAGAGACAUCACACUUUGUUUCUCUCUGUAAAUGUUGCGUAUCAUACUAGAUACAUGUGUAGCUGGGGAAGGGAGUGAAAUGAAGUGAACCUUUAGAUAAUUACCAAAGACUACUGUUAAGAGCAGUUACCAUGUUACAGUCUAAACAAUUCCAACACUGGGAAAAAGGUUUUUGGAGCAUUAUCUGAGACAUAUCUGCACGGUACGCAGCUUCGAAAAAUAUCUUUUGGAUAUAUCCAUUCUCGAUAAUUUUCACUUUGUCUAGUCUGAUUUACCAACUUGAAAAACGUAGAGGAGUGCGUUGUCAGUACUGUGUCUGCAACCAUUACGUCACAUUAAGUUUCUAAUAAUGAAGAAACCUGCCACUGCUGCAGUUUUGCAUUGCUUGAUAUUGACAGCAUCAGUAAAAUUUAGGGAGAACCACAGUUUCUACAUGAGCUGAAUUAUCCUACCUGUAGGUAUAGUUCUAACAAUAGAAAGAGGUGAUUUGUUUUCCCAACUUCAGUCAAGAUCUGGGCACAGCUAACCUGUAAAAGGAAUUGCAAACCACGAUGAAUUUAGAGCAGUAACAAGCAAGGCCUCGCACAGGAUGAAGAGAAAGAAUAUUCUCACUAGUCCACACCUUCACCUUCCUCCAGUCCCCAGAAAGCUGGAGCAAAGCCCACGACGGCUGGCCAGGUAACAGUUGUCCCCUUCUUCCCUCGCCAGCCUGGGAGACCCAGCAGCAAAGCAGACUCUUCGAGGGCUGCACUGUUUGCUUGGGAAAUCCAGGCUGGCAGAUUCAGGAGAAGCGCAUCAAAGGCGGCUUCUCCCGAGACACUUGUGCCAGCCAGGCGCAGUGGUGGGGCACACUGCAACAGCACCUCAGUUACUAGGAGCCAAACAGACAGCUGGGGGGUAGAGAAAGCCCCCACUGCACCAGUGGGGGAUCCAAAAAGUUAACUGGGCAGAGCAGCUUUACUGAAGCCUAGCAUAGGAUAUGAGGAUGGUUUUAGAUAUGGCAUAGCACAGACCAGAAACAGGAUGUCCAAACUGUUACUGAAAAGGGCAGAGCUAAGCAAAAGCAUUAAUUACGUGACAGUUUAUGCAACCCACUAACACGCUACAGCACUUUUUUUAAUAAAAAUUGUUACUGUGACAAAAGAAUUAAACCCGGAAGACUUGGCCAACAGGUUUUGUCUUGUUUCCCUAAACCCUGCCCAGAGGCACCAGAGUUGAGGUUGCAGAUAGUGAUUCUUUGCCCUGUCCUCCACGUUGAAAAGUCUUUCUUUACUUUGAGGGCUAAGUAGGGUCUUGCUUUUCAAAGAUAAGAUCUAACCCUUAGAAACAAAAGGGCCGAGAUCCAAAUUCUUUGCCUUAUCAAGGUAUUAUAAACGACAGGCCUCCCUCACCCCUUUUCCCAAUAAAAGCAGAAAAGUGAAGACAAAAAGUUAGAGGAAAAAGCCUAACCCUACAGACUAGGGAUCUGCACCCCCUCCCCACCCAGCAAAACAAGGAACUGACACUCUCAGGGCAGCUGAAGUACAGACCCAUCAUCCUUCUAUAGCUGGUCACAUUCAAAUUCCCCAUCAGUUCGAUAAAUCAAAGCUGGGGUGCUUCAACAAGCUGGGCGAUGAGACAAAGCUCCUUGCUCCAGCCAGCUGUGAGGACAAAGGAGGUUUCCCUGCCUUCCAACCACACCCUCACAUUUCCCUAGUGCUGAAAGGGCCAGAGAGCCUAAACCUCAGCAAGGAGCAAGCCAGAACGAACACCUUCCCCAUCCUGUUGGACUACUUUAAAGGGUGCUCUGCUCGGCCUAAAGCUCCUCCUCAUUUCACGUAUCCAACUCAAACUGCUAUGAUUCAUUCCAGGUAGUGUAAUAUUAAAAUCAUGGAUUAGUUUUCCUCUUACCAACUCCGAGAAAUUAAUUAGCAAACAGUAGCAGUUAAAUGAGAUCAAAUUGCCUACUAGAGUAGUUUAUUCUCACCCUUAGAAGUUGAAAUCCUCACAACUACUUAGUGCUGGUGUAACUAUUAAGUUGGCACAUCAUCUCCCCAGUGUUUUGCUUUGAAGGAUUUAAUGUAGACCCCUUAAGUACAUGUCCCCUCUACUAGGUAGCAUGAAAAUACCAUUAAAUACUUUUCCCCACAUUCCCAGACCCUUUAACCUAACUAUAUACACUUUUUGCAUAGUCAGUUUAGAAGAAAGCAAGCAGACUAGCAGGGGAAAGAAAAGUCAUCAAGACUGAAAAGUCAAGAUUACAUACAGUAUAAAAUAAUCUGUUCUAAGAUAAAGCUCAUAUGAAUGACUUCUUGCACAGCUUAUAAUCAAGAGAAUCAGCACAGUUACUUAAACUGAAAUAGUAGGGAAGGCGGAUUUUAUACUUACAUUCCAAAACAGCUAACAUACACUGCAGUGUAGCUUAAAUAGGUCCGGGGCGGGGAGAGGGAGGAGGAGGAGAAAAACUACACAGAAACAGUGGUUCACUUAUGUUUAAUCAGAGACUGUUACAAAGGGGUAGAUACACACUGUAGAUGUGUGUAUGUGCAGUUAUCCAUUCCUGAAGCAUAUGCUCACAGAAGGUGCCCAACACAUGCAAACGAUGUUAGCUCUGUAUUUUCUUCAAAUCUUCUUUGUAAACCGAAUGCUAUAAAAUUAAGCUACAGUUACGGUUACUAUUAUUUGCAUGCAUUAAAGUGAUGCAUUUACUUACCAGUCUCUCACUUUCUGGAAUUAAAAUAUUAACUUACCAAUAUUUGCCACUUGUCUUUUGAAAAAGAUCAGUGAUCCAAUCCCUUUCUACUACUUGCACAAAAGCAGGAUCAAGUUACAUUAAAAAACAAAAACAAAACCACACACAGCACAGCGACUCCCCUGGUUGUACUGAGAGGGGACAUAUUCUGAUCAUGCGCUUUAAGACACAUUAAGAUGCAAUCAAAAACAAUAAGGCGUCUCGAGUUCACUACACAGCAAAUGGAAUCUCUCAUGGGGCGAUCCAGAGCCUUUAGGCAGCUGUCUGAAGUAAGCAGUGUGAACUGACUCCCUCUUCAUCUUUACCACGUCAGAAUUGGGACAGGAGACUUCUGAACUGCAUUACACUGGAUAGCAGUUGCAACAACGGAUCAAGAAUCGAGCUACGGUUUAAGACCGCUCACCUGUCUGGGAAAGGCCAGACUCCUAGUAUUCUUUUCUGUACUGUCUCAAAGCUCAAUUCUACCAGCAAGUACUGCAAUUCAUUGCCAUAAAGUUUCAUAAAGAGAGGACCUUCUACCAAAGUUCAUAUUAGCACUACCCUAGAGAGCUGUACUUUUUGGUGAUGAGACAACAGAGAACAGCACCCUGUAGUUAUUCCCAUUUGUUGCCAAGCUGGGGUACAAGUAGUGCAGACCAGUGUUCGACCACGGUCAAAACUGACUUCACAUAGUAAUUCUGCAGCCAAAACCAAUCAAUUACUCCUGGCUUACAAAGCACUGCAUUAAGCGUCAAUGGCAGUAAUCAAAAGAAAGAUGCAUAUGCUCUACUAGAGGAUAACGGUCUCGUAGCAGAGAACCCCAUGUAGUCAUGCACACCUGCUACUAACAUUUAGGAGAUACAGAAAAGGUUUAGUCAUUAAAUUUAUUAUGCAAUGUUCCACCUUUUUCUCUUCUAGGAAGAAAUGCUUGCUUAGCAUUAUUCACAUUUGCAUGGAACUACUCCGGCAAACAAAAUAAUUUAGUGAGGACGUCUGAGAAAUGACGUAGAGAAAGUGCCAGGAGAUGUAAACUAUUGUAACUAUUGUUGAUUUUAACUAUUCUAAAACGUGGGAAGACACGUUCCCUUUGAUAAUGCAUUUACAGGCUAGUAUGAUGUAUUCUGCAAAGUUGUGUAAAAUUUCAAAACUCUAAAACAAGUUACACUGCUGAAGAGAAGUGUCAAGUCUACUGUGUCACUAAUGAAACUACUCCGGAUCAUUUAGACGAGCCGGCAGAACUAAAGUUUCUGUUUAGGUACCUCACUAGUGUACGCUGAUCUUGCUUUCACAUACCUCUGCACCAACAAUUUCAAAAGCCCCUCAAAUUCUCUGUGUGAUAACAUGCCCUUGAAAAGUGAAUUAAGGCACAGAAAGUUUCACAGCUUGUCAUCAAGCCAUGUGCCAGAGCACAGGAAGUAUAAUCAAUUUUCAUCUCCCAUGCUGGUAUGUAGAGGAACAUUAAGUUUAAACAAAUGAAUAAAUGGAGGCAGCUAGUUUUGGAGCAGGUUGCAUCUUUUAUCCAAUACAAAGAAUCUUUCUUAUUUUAAGUCGUAAAAAUCUUUAAGUUGUAAAAUACUCUGGAGACUACGCAAUAAAAACCAAAAUGCCAGAACUUCCAGGAAAACUGAAUGGCACAAAGGAAGACAAAAACAGCAGAAGAGCAGUAACUCGAGUUAAGAUAAAACAGCUGGGCAAAAACCACACUUGUUGGUAGCCUUUAAAGUACUGAAACGGACUAACGAAAAAUCAGAGAAAAACAAGCUUCUGGCUAACAGACCUAUCAGAGCAUAAAUAUGCCAGGAGGAGGCAGUAAUUAACAAUAACUAAAGAGAAUCCGACCAAAGAUUGCAAUUACUGCUAUAGAUUGCAACCAACAGGAAUGCUUCUUCCACAAAAUAAGAAUGAAUAUAAUAGCCUAUUAAUUGGUUCACUGCUAAAAAUGGCCUCUUUUGUAAUGUUCACAUUACUGAGGAAUCAUCCUCAAUUUUAGGCCUUUACGCUUUUCAGUAACACCAGAUGGUUGUUUGACAAAGUUCUGUAUAAAAAUUCCUUUAAAAGAGAUUGCAAAUAUUACCUAUCCACAGGUGUAGUUCAAAUCAUUACAGAUCUUCAUAAAAAAAAAAAGUAGACGUUUACUCACUACUGAAAACAGUAGUAGAUAGCAAAGAUACAUUCACAUAUGAGAAAUGAAAAUUCCCCUCCUCAUGUACUACUUCAAUGGUAUCAUUUGAACAGAGUUAUUUCAAAUAGGAACAUCAGGUACUUACAGAUUAAACUAACCUGUACUGGCAGUGCUGUGGGAUUUUUCUUCUCUACCAGUAAGUAGCAAAUGCUGAAAUUCUGCUGCUAGUUAACAAAAACACAAAUUGCAUUAAACCAAGGAGUUUAAUCCAUAAUUUAGUUUUUCAUUUAAAAAAUUGCCAAACUUCAAUUACCGCAAUUUGUCCCUUAUAAAGAAAGGCAUAUGAGGUAAAGGCAAGUAUAAAGUUACUAAAAAUUUGCCCUUACAUUUGCGAUACUUUUUGAUACAAAAGCCAGAAGUUUAACAAGGUAAUCUUGUUGCCUAACAUGAACAUAAAGGAACUUAAAAUACUUAACACAGCCAGGGUACUUCACUAAAUCUUAUGAAGUGCGUUUUCUUAUUCUAGAAUUUUUACAACUGAAAGAAAAAUACAUUUUCCUUCCACUAGAGUUCAUGAGAGGGAAGCUAAGGAAUUCAGUGCUCUCAAGUAAUAGGUCUAUGACGCAAUUAAAAAAGAAAAGAGAGCGAGAGCGCGCACGAGAGAGAGAGAAAGCUUUGCAUGACAUCUUUUUUAUCUCAAAGCAUUACAUAAUGCUCAUUCAAAACUGGUAUUAGUUAAAACCAGUUAUACACACUGGAUACUAAGGGCAGCAGCAGUAGAAAUCCAGUCCCCCCUUUUAAUGGCACCUAUGGACAUGGUUAAGAGUCACACCAAUUCAAUAAAUAAGAUCUGAGACGUUAAGAAGGUUGAAUCUGGCGUAAGGCAGUUAGCUAACGGAGAGAUACGCUGCAGCUUCUCCCAAGAGCAGUUUUUUUUUUAGGAAGCUUUCAAGGUCUCAAAGGUGCGUGUGUGUGUGUGGGGGGGGUGUCUUUUUUAAAAUUAAUACUUGCACUAGAACUCUACUACCAUCAAAACUAUUUUUUAUCUUAAAUCCUGAGAAAGUAACCUUUACAUGUGUUCAAGCCAAUGUUUACAGAGAAAUUAAACUCAUCACCAUUAAAACUGCAGCGUUACUUAUUUUUCCUACUGAGUCUAUAACAGUAAAAUAGUGUAAACUUGCCUAGAAGGUGCAAAUACCUCCCUAUUUUCAGCAGUCAUCAGAUGUAUAAAUACCAGCCCUCAUAGACUGCUCCUAACAGUGAAGGUCAACACUGCCCAGGCAACUGGAAGGCUAAGAACUUGAGUGAAGAACCCCCUUCGUCACAUGGUGACGUGGCUUUUUGCAAAAACAGCAGACUGAAGCGCCUGGCUCCCUCAAAUAGAGGUUCCAAGAACUUUCAUGCAACAAGACAAGAAGUAAAAGCGCAUUCGUGAUACAACAGAACCUGCUUUCUUCCCCGGCAAGUCUUAAUGAGAAUCUACCUUCUCUGACAAUCAAAAGACUGCAUAAUGCUGCUGUUUGUAGUGUAUCCUCUAAGGAAAUUCUCACAAGGUUUUUUUCAGAACUUCAAAAAAAAGCCUAUAUAUAUACAUAUAUAUGUGGGUGGGUGGGUGUGUAUUACACAUCAGAACCGCUUCACUUCUAUCUUGAUCCUUGCAAUGGCUGUCUCAAUCUUUUCUUACUUUCAGAGUUGCAUCUACCUACCCCAGUUUUUACAAACAAGUAUGGUAGUCCCCGAUGACUACACUUCUACAGAACCCUACCAAAAUUACUCUGGACUGAUUACAGAAUGUCAUGAUUAUAAGUAUACCCACACUUUAAAAAAAAAAAAAAAAAAAAGACACCCACCCACCCUUCUGGAGAUUCCCAUAGUACUCCCCAUAGUAUUUAAGGAAUACAGUCUUAUCAUGCAUGGCACAGAACAUGUUAUGCGUUCAUCACACAACUCUAAAGCGAGCCAAACUUCACGCGUGGUAUGUACUCUACUCGCCACACCUCUCACUCACUUCUCUUGUUAAGACCAUUGGGUGCAAGUUCACCCAGUUUAGCAGCUCAGAAUUCCAGCAAUUCUUGCCCUUCAAAGAAAGCUCAUGUACCUCUAUAUGAAUCUUAAAAUAAAAAAAAAAAAAAAACUCCAAAACCUAUUUCCUUUAAUACCUAAAAA